UCAUUCCACUCGUUCCAACUGACAGCUGUUUUCGAAGGUAAAAACAAAUGGAGUGAACCGAAAUGUAAACUCCCCAAUGGUUAUAUUUUUUUCCAUUUACAUGUGACGUGUACAUCACAUCGUGUAAUUAACUUUUCUAAGCAUUCGUCAAAGUCUGCGCUUAAAUAAAAUGGUUAGAAUAACAUUUUUGCAUCCUGAUUUGGGAAUUGGUGGAGCAGAAAGGCUCGUUGUCGAUGCCGCUGUUGCUCUGAAGAAGCAAGGACAUGAGGUUAAUUUUAUUACAAGUUUUUAUGAUCCUGAGAGGUGCUUCUCAGAGAUCAAGGAUGAAACUAUUCCUGUUCACGUGGUUGGAGACUGGAUUCCGAGGCACAUUCUCGGGAGAUUUUUCGCUUUAUGCGCUUAUAUUCGCAUGAUCUAUGCCGCCUGUUGGAUCUACUUCAUGGAGCACCGACCACAUGUAGUUUUUUGCGAUUUGGUAUCUGUAUGCAUUCCCUUUCUCCGUCUGUCUGUUCCAAAAGUUAUAUACUACUGCCACCAUCCGGACCAAGUACUGACAGCACCUGGUGGCCAUCUAAAGUCUUUAUACCGAACACCACUCAAUUACUUGGAAGAAAUAACUACUGGACAAGCCGAUAAAAUAUUUGUCAACAGCAUUUAUACUUCUAAAGUCUUUAAGAAGACCUUCACACGAUUGUCUAUCACACCAGAGAUUUUAUAUCCAUCUCUCCACACUCAUUUCUUCGACUCUAGUUAUGCGGCUCCUUUGGAAAAAACUUUAGACAUGAAAUUGCCUGAUGAUAGCAUUAUUUUACUUUCGAUAAAUCGAUACGAGAGGAAGAAGAACUUGGGACUGGCCAUAGAAACUCUGGCAGAACUCAGGCAUUACAUGACUGAGGAACAAUUCAAUCGGACAUUUCUAAUAAUGGCAGGGGGUUACGACAAAAGGGUCGAGGAGAAUGUGGAGCACCACUUGGAGCUGGUGGGGCUUGCGUCUGAGCUUGGAGUCACCAACAAAGUUAUUUUCCUCCGAUCUCCAUCGGAUUCUGAUAAAGUCUCACUUCUUAAACACUGUCAUUUACUAAUUUAUACUCCACCGAAUGAGCAUUUUGGGAUUGUUCCACUGGAAGCUAUGUAUUUCGAAAAACCUGUGGUGGCUCACAACUCUGGAGGACCAAUGGAAACAGUUGUCAAUGAUGUCACCGGGUUUUUAGUAAACGAAUUGAGUGCUGAAAUAUUUGCCCAAAAAAUUGUGGUUCUCAUUCGGGAUAAAGAGAUGAGGUCAAUACUUGGGAGAAAGGGGAAGGCUAGGGUCAUUAAGACUUUCAGUUUUGAUGCAUUCAGUGAUCAGCUGAAUAAAACUAUUGAUAGUUUGUUGAUUUAAUAUGGUUGGCUGGGAGUGGUCUUAUAUGAAGAAUAAAUAUUUUCAUAUUAAGGAUA